CAAUCCAAUUUCAAAGGUCCCAAACAGAACCAGAAAAAAAGAAGAAAACCUGUGGAGUAAAAAAUGUCAGCCUCGGCGAUAUUCGGGUUGAAAAUGGCGGUGUUGCCGCGUUCUUCAACUGUUUCAACCACCGGUUUCUACGGCGGAGCUACCAAGUUGGCGGCGGCACCGAAAAGUGUAGGAGGAUUGGCAAUUGAGUGUUCGUCAAGGCCACAGAAGAAGGCCACUGCUCACCACAAGAAGACACGCCCACGGAAGACUCAAGCUUGGGACAUUCGACGUGGACCCGCUGUUUAUCCUCCAUUGCCUGCGUUACCUCCUGAGUGGUCAUUUGCUACUGAUGAAUCGGGUCAACCCGCUUCUGAGCCCAAAACCGAGUAAUUUUCUGUAAUUGUUAAUUUGUCAUUUGCGUUUUGAGUAAUGGUGUUUUCCAUUUGAUACUUGAGAAUUUUCACUUACUAUUUUGCUCUUGCCCGUUGAAUAUUACUACAAGUUCAAUUUUAGUCUUUUAUGAUUUGGCAGGUG